CUUCUCCUUCGAGCACAUAUAACCUGAAACCGGAUCUCUGUCUGAAAACAGUUCAGAUCUCGCUCCAAAUUCAUGGGGGAAUCUGCUUGUCUCAUGCAGCCAUUCUCAUAUGCAGCUCCAGAGGUCAAUUCACUAAAUGAGUCCGGACAAUCCAUCUCCUUUGGGAGAUUCAUGUCGGAGAAACUCGAGUGGGAGAAGUGGUCAACUUUCUCUGCCCAGAAUCGGUACGUAGCGGAGGCAGAGAGAUACUCCCGUCCCGGGUCUGUGGCUCAGAAGAAAGCUUUCUUCGAAGCUCACUACAAGAAACUUGCCGCUGCGAGAAAAGCUGCGGCAGAGGCUGCAUUGCUUGAACAAGAAAACAAUCCAGAACCCGAACCGGAGAGUCUCUCAACUCGAGAAGAUGUCAAGGAACAAAUCAAAGAUGGGGUCGGGUCAAAAUCGAAUCUUGAGAUGGGUGGACGGGACAAAAGUGAAGCAGAACAGGUGACGGGAGUUGUUGAUGAACAGGCUGAUGAGAAGGAGAAUUGUGUAAAGGUGGAAUCGGAGAUCAAUGGUGUGAACAAGAGCGAUAAGGAUUCUGCUGCUGAGAAGCAGAUGGAAAAGCCAAUACUAAAGGAGCAGAGUUCAAAGGCAAGUGAAGAAAACUCAAGAUUAAUGAACAAAAACAAAUCGAGAGUUGUGAAGAUGAACUCAGAAAAGACUCCAAAGUCAAGCAGCAGAAAGGCAUACACUUUCACGCCUGUGAAAGAAUUCAACAGAUUAGCUUCCAUUGUAAGGAAGAUGGACGGUUCAAGAGCCUCUAAACUCUGCAAAGACUUCAAAACUCCCCUACGUACACCAAACGUGGCUUCUACAAGCUUAAAGAACAACACGAUCUCUACACCUUUAACAGAUAACAGGAGAGUGGAAAUAGCACCUGAUUCUUCAGCAAAGGCCAACAAGACAGUCCGGGCAAGAUGGAACUUCCUCCCUACAGAGAGAAGCAAAUUAUACUCGCCGAGCUGUUUUACUCCUUUUAGUCUGAGAACAGAGGAGAGAGCAGCUACAAGGAAAAAGAAGCUCGAGGAGAAGUUCAAAACCACUGAGGCACAGAAGCAGCAAGAAGAAAAAGCUGCUGCCACGCAGGAUAGCGUAGAGAAAGAGAAGAGUAAACCACGGCGAACGCUAUGCUUCAAGGCGAGACCUCUUCCCAAUUUCUACAAGCAAAGACCGAAACCAACUGACCAGACUAAGAAGGCUCUGUUGCAGCAUCAGGAGCCACUUCCUGUGGAGACGAAGCUUAGGGAGAGGAUCACCAGAAGAUUUCUCGAAUGACCAGUUCUGAUUCUGUUUCAUGUAUGUCGUUAUGAAUGCAAAAGCAGAGCAUAUAAGAAUUCUUUGCACGCCGGUCUUGCUGAAGUGAACGAGAAGAGGAUGAUGUUGUAUAUAAUGGUGACAACUCGUAAUCUUGGCCC